AUGUCAUAUAAAUUAUCAAAUUCAAUCCCCGAUUUUCCUACAUUUGGAUUGCUUCCUAAGGAGGAAACUGAAGCUGCAUCAUUCUUGAAAAAACAUCCUGAAUAUGAUGGUCGUGGCAUUACUAUUGCGAUAUUAGACACUGGAGUUGAUCCUGGUGCCGCUGGUUUACAAACUACUACUGAAGGAAAACCAAAGAUUAUCGAUAUCAUUGAUUGUUCCGGCUCUGGUGAUGUAACAACAAAGGUCAUUGUAAAACCUGUUAUCAAAGAAAAUGGAGACGAGACUUUAUAUACAAUUCAAGGCUUAACUGGCCGUACUCUUAUAAUUGAUCCAAGUUGGAAUAAUCCUUCAGGAGAAUUUCGUGUUGGAAUUAAGAGAUUAUAUGAGCUAUUUCCAAACACACUGGUUAAAAGGCUUCAACAGGAGCGUAAAGAAAACUUUGUAAAGGAACAUUAUCGUCUUCAAGCCGAGGCACAACAAAAUCUCUCUACUUGGGAAGAAUCCCAUUCUGCUUCUUCGAAUCCGUCAGAAAGUGAUCUUGCAACCAAAGCGGAUCUUGAAGCGAGACUAGAAGUGCUAAAAGAUUUGUUAAAAAAUUAUGAUGACCCCGGUAUAAUUUUAGAUGUAGUUGUAUUCUUCGAUGGAAGUGAUUGGAGAGUUGUUAUUGAUGUUGAUGAAAGUUGUGACUUAAGAGGCGCUCCACUUUUGACUGAUUAUAAAAAGGAACGACAAUAUCACACUUUCAGCAAAGAAGAUAAGAUGAAUUUUUCUGUUAACAUUUAUGAUGAAGGCAACACUGUCAGUAUCGUUACUAUGUCUCAUACUCACGGAACUCAUGUUGCUGCUAUUUCUGCAGCAUAUCAUCCAGAUGAGCCUAUUCUUAACGGGAUUAUUUCAAUUAAAAUUGGCGACACUCGAAUAGAUGGUAUGGAAACUGGUGCUGCAUUAGCAAGAGCUGCCAUAUCACUCGUAGAAACGAAAUGUGAUCUUGCUAAUAUGAGUUUCGGUGAAGCAACAUCUGUACCAGAUCAUGGUCAUUUCAUUAGAUUAAUUCGUGAUGAAGUUAUUGGAAAAUAUGGUUGCAUAUUCAUAAGUAGUGCUGGAAAUAAUGGUCCUGCUUUGAGCACAGUUAGUGCACCUGGUGGUACUUCUAGUGACAUUAUUGGGGUUGGUGCUUAUGUUAGUCAUUCAAUGAUUCAAGCUGAAUAUGCGCUUCUCGAAUCAGUUCCUGAACGUUCGUACACAUGGUCUUCUCAAGGCCCUGCUCCUGAUGGUGAUAUUGGCGUUGAAAUUUAUGCACCUGGAGGUGCUAUCACAUCUACUCCACAAUACUCCUUAACAAAGGCUCAAUUGAUGAAUGGAACCUCCAUGUCUUCACCUAAUGCAACUGGAUGUGUAGCAUUACUUUUAUCAGGUCUUAAGGCUGUUAAUAGAAAAUAUUCUCCUUAUAUGAUUAAAAAUGCUCUUGUUAAUAGUUCAAAACAAAUAAAUGAAAAUUUUGGUGUUGGACUUUUGCAAGUUGAAAAGGCAUGGGAAUAUCUUGAAAAAUUUUACGAAAUUCCCGAUAAAGACGUUAUUUAUGAGGUCAAGAUUUCAGAUACACCGAGGAAUAAGCGUGGUAUAUACUUGAGAGAAUCACACGAGACUUCAAGUCCGCAAACUAUUAAUGUUUUUAUUAGACCUAAAUUUAUGAAAGAGCUUGAUCCAACUUCUGGAGAAAAUAAUCAAAAGAAAUUUGAACUCGAAAGUAGAUUGGCUUUGAUUAGCACACAAACAUGGGUUAGAACAACUGAUUUCUUGUUUUUAGGUAGUGGUGGUAGAUCAUUUGAUGUAAAAGUUGAUCCAACUAAUUUAUCACCUGGUGGAUUUUAUUUUGCUGAAGUUCAAGGUUAUGAUACAACUUGUCCAGAACGAGGUCCCUUAUUUCGAGUACCAAUUACAAUUACAAAACCAAGUAUUUUAACUAACGGAUCUAAAGUUUGCUUUAACAAAUUAACUUUUGGUCCUGGUCAAAUUGAAAGAAAAUUUAUCAAAGUUCCUGAAGGUGCUACAUACGCAGAUGUAACGCUUAAAUUUGCUACAAAUCAAACUACUUCACCUGCAUUAUUCUGGUUACAUAUGAUACAAUUAUUGCCAUUGAGACGGUUCACGCAUCUUGAACGUGAAUACACAUUGUAUUUUGCUAAAGGAAGUUAUGGUGAUGGUAGUGGGGAUGAACAAAUUGAAAAAAGAAGCUUUUCUGUUUGUGGUGGUCUAACCAUGGAGAUUUGCUUGGCACAAUUUUGGUCCAGUAUUGGAAAUCAUGAUAUGUCGUUAGAAUUUGUUUUCCAUGGUAUUCAAAUUUCAAACAGUGCCUUAAGUGGAAGUAGAAGUGUUUUUAUCAAUGGUGGAUAUCCAUAUAAUCGUCUGGAUAUUGUCGCACCUAUUAAACGAGAAGAAGGAAUUUAUCCUUCUAUCCAGCUUGAAACCAUCCGUAAAGAAAUUCGACCAACAGAAUCAACUUUAAAACCACUUGGUUUAGAUCGUGAUGUUCUUCCGAAUUCUCGAAGAGUACAUGCUCUAACUUUAACUUAUAAAUUCUCUACACCUGAAAAGAAUUUGUCUGUUUCACCAAAAUUUCCUGCAUUCUUUGAUCUACUUUAUGAUUCUUAUUUUGAAGAUUUCUUUGCGAUACUAUAUGAUGCAAAUAAAAAAGUUAUUGGCUAUCUAGAUAUUUAUGCCAAGACUUUUAAACUAGAAUUUAAAGGAGAUUAUAUCAUUCGUGCACAAGUUCGUCACCAAUCGCAAGAAUUAUUGGAAAAAUUGAAUAACACAGUAUGCUUUUUGGAUUAUAAUUUAACCAAAAAGAUUAAUUUGGAUGUAUACGGUCAAAUACAUGAUGUUUUCACUGCUGAAAAACCUACAGGUGUAAAAAAUUAUUUGGAAAAAGGAGAAAGGAAAGCAAUAUAUGUCGCAUCACCUAAUGAUUACUCUGUAUAUCCAAAGGAUAGUAAACCAGGCGAUUUAUUGAGGGGACGUUUGAAUUUUGUAAAUUCAAAGAUUGAUGGUGGACAAUUUUCAAUCACUUUGUUGAUUCCACCUGCUCCUACCAAAUCCAAAGAUUCUUCCAAUGGUGGAGGUGAUGAUGGGAAAGGUCCGGCGUCUAUUAGUAAUUCAGGACCAUCUGGAUCUACCGAUAAAUUAGAAAAAAAAGAUGAAAAAAUCAAUGAUGAACUUUCAGAGGCAAUUCGUGAUUUACAAAUUUCUUAUUUGAAAAAGUUUCCUGCGGAAUCAACAGCAAAAGAAGAUUUAUUUUCAGAAUUGGAAGAUCGUUAUCCGUCACAUUUACCAAUUUUUCAAACUAAAUUAGAUUUACUUCUUGAAUCUUCUGGAUCUAGUGGUGAAAAAGAAAGUUUAUCACCUGAAACAGCGAAUAAAAUCUUGGUAAUUUCCGAUGAAUUAUUAAAAAAGAUUGAUUUAGUGGAAUUAGCACAAUAUUAUGGAGUUAAACAAGAUACGAAUCUUAAUGAAGCCGCAAAAAAGAAGAAAAAAGAGAAUGAUGAUAAAAAGAAAGCUGUUAUAUUGGCUUUAGGGUCUAAAAUCCAAGCUUUAGCUAUUCUUGCGCCAACUAGUUCAUCAAGUGAUAAUUUAUCCACUCAACUGGAAGAAACUUGGAAACAACUUGCUCAAUGGUUAGAUGCAGUACCACCUAUAACAGACUUUAAGCAGUUACAAAUUUAUCUUAUACGUGAAAAACUAGAAAAACGUUAUGGCAAUGCUCUUAAGGCACUUGGAAAAUGGUUUGGAGAAACUGGAUUAGGUAAUGAUAAUAUUAAAGAUUACGAGAAAGCUUUGAAAUUAAAGAUUGAAUUUUUGAAAGAGAUUGAAUGGAAAAAUUGGGAAAAAUAUGAAGAAAAAUGGAAGACCAUUAGAAUUCCACCUGGUGGUUAUGUGCCUUUUUAA